AUGCCACCCAUUUACCGUAGCGCUUUCUUUUUGCUUGUUUUUUGCUACUUGGACCAGGACGUUGAUGCUCUAAUCUACAAGCAACGUGAGGGGUGUGCUCCGGAAAAUCUGCUUCCCGCCUCUUGCGACCAAGUUCCAGGGUAUACUGAUGUUGCUGGGUCGUGCUACAAGUUCAUCCGGGCCAACGCCACCUGGGCGGACAGCCGGAAGCUUUGCGGAAAAGAUGCAAAGGGUGGUGAUCUUGGUGUUAUUCGAUGUGCUUCGCAGAAUGAGGCCCUGACAAAAAUGAUGCAUGAAAAAGGACUAUACAAAGAGUCAAUCAACUAUCCACCCGAUUUAGCAAGCGGUUAUUGGCGUCAGCAAGUCUGGAUUGGAGUCGAAAAGCUCCGCGACGGUACGCUCCGUAAUGUUCAGGGCGUCAACAGUAGCUAUGUCAACUGGGGAUCCACCGAGCCGAGUGAGAUGAGCGCGGGCGAGAACUGCUUAUUUAUAUUGUCGAAAAACGGGGCAUGGGUCGAUCAUCUUUGUGACCACACGCCUCGAAAUGCGCUAUGCGAAGUUCGAACGAAAACCACGGCGUCGGCUUGUUCGGGCCUUCUGAAGGCUAUA